UCCCAAACGCGUUUAAAAUUAUUCAGUCUCAAGGGUCAGCUAACUUUCAAAUAUUUUGGAAGUGCAAGUUCAAAGUAUGCCACAAAAGAGCCGUAAACGCAUAAUAGGACUAGAAGAAUAUCCUGAAGUUUCCAAAAUUUUUGACCACAAUGAAAACAGUCAGAUGGAAUUAACGAAAUGGUUGUGUAGAAAUAGUAAAGAUGUUAUUUAUAUUAAUUCAGAAUCUUUAACAGCAAAAAAAUUAUACGAAUUACGGAAUAAAAAUACUUGGCUUUCUUCUGAUCACAUAAAUGCCUAUCUUUCUUAUUUGAGUACGAAAUUUCAUCACGUAUAUUCUCUUUCGUCCUUUUUUUAUACAAAAUUAACAAAGGCUGGAUAUUCUUCUGUCGUACGUUGGACAAAAAGAACACAAAUUUCUCAAAAGAAAAUUAUUUUUGUCCCAAUCAACUUGCAUCAAUCACAUUGGAUUUUGGCUGCAAUAUUUAUGAAGGAUCCAUAUAGAAUUGCUGUCUUGGAUUCUUUAGGGUCAAUAUCAAAUGAUUACGCUAUUGCUAUUGGAAAGAACCUUGUUAAGUGGUUGAAUGAUGAAUAUCGUAAUAAAUGUAAUUCAAAUGAAAUUGGAGAUCAAAUUAAAGUCGUUUUAGAUAUAAUGUUUCUAAAUGAAGAGCCUCCACAAGUGGAUGGACAUUCUUGUGGUGUAUUUGUAUGUUUAUUUGCAAGAUUAAUUGCGGAGAAUAUUGAGAAGGAUAAGAUCAAAUAUAUUGCUAAAUUUGAAGAAGUUAUAGAAAAAUUUAGAAAGGUCAUAUCCAUAGAGUUAUGGGAAUAUGCAAACGAAAAGUAAACAUAAGCGUAACAAAUUCAGUAAGAAAAUUACUAACCAUUAUAGAUUUAUUUUCUUUUUUUUAGUAAUCUAUUUUAGCCAAUGCUCACGUUACAAUCUUUAGAAUAGAAAAUACAUUCUUCAUGAAUUAUAAGGAUUUUGCUUCAGGAUUGUAGUACAAUCCACCGUUUCACCUUCAUAUUUAGAUAUAUACUCCUCAUAUUCAAAAAUUUUUACGAUAUUGACACCAGGGAUAUUUAAUAAUCAUCUGUUACUUUUACAAUAUUAAUACUAAGUAAUAAUUUCUUUCAACAAACUAGCUAGUGUAAUUUUUAUAAUUUUAAUAUAAUAAAUUAGAUACGUUCGGCUAUUCUUCCUAGUCGUU